UCUCCUUUUGCACAAAAUGUCAUCGAAAUUUUGAAGGUUUUGUUUGUAUCUUGUGUCGUUCUGCGAAACUUGUUAUUAUUACAAAAAUGCGCUUUUCUUCAACUUUCACAAAUUGUAUGAUUGGUGCGUAACAAUGAGCGUUAAUUUCAUGAGCGAUAGUGACGAUGAAGAGGCGGACUUUACCGCAAGUGAGGAUGAAUGGUUACCGGAAAAAAGUAAUCCUUCGCACAAAGAUCCUGACUUGUCUGAAUCAGAAUCUGAGGAAAAUUUCACCGAUGGUGGUGAAGAAUCUGAUAUCAACGAACGUCGCCAAGUGGAUAAAUUUCGUAAGACCACACCAGAAUCAAGGAAACCACGACCUGUGAAAACAAAGCUCACCAUGAUGGAACGGAAGACGCUUUAUGAAAAGUACCGUGCCAUUAGAAAAUCUGACCAUAAAAGUCUGAUUGCAAAAUGCGAUGAUUCUGAAAGUAGUGGAGAUGAGCAUCUAGUGGAACCAGAUAAACUUGAUUUGAAUUCAGAUUUUUUCGCAUCAACUGCAAGCCAAGGGCCGUCAAAUGUUCCAAAUUUUGACUGCAAUGCCGGAAUGCUUACCGAUUCUUCUGAAGAUGACCUUUCCAAAACAGAUGAGAAAACAAAGCGAGAAACAAACAAAAAACUUAUCGCGAGAAUCAACCAGACCUCUCAGAGUUAUGUUCAAUUUGCCGCUCUGAAUGAGUUCAACAAUAAAAUGGAACAAGCUAAAUCAAACGCGUCGUCUUUCAAUGCAAAGGAGGCUGGUACCGAUAAUUCUACAGACAUUGGUGUUUUGCUGGCAAUGGGAGAACAACCGGAUCAGUCUAGCAGUAAAUCAUCUCAGAAAGCUAAAAGGAACAAAAAUGACUCAGACUCUGAUUGGGAGGAAGUUGAAGAUAAAAAUGAAGCUUGUCAUCAACAAGAUCUUCAAAUUACUUUCAAGUUGGAUAGCAGAGAAGCUCAAAAGAAGAAGCGUAGCAACGAAAUAUAUAUGGAAGCAUGUAUUAAAAGGAUCAUCAACCGUGAAAAACGUGAGAACCAGUAUAUUCUACACAAGGUGAACAUCUUGAUGGGCAUUGCGCAUGGAAAUUACGUGAACAGUGUUUUAAACAGCACAAAACUUUUGUCCCUUGCCCUAACCAUGAUUCCGUCACAAAAAUGCUAUCCUAAAGAUCGCACUGAUCUGGAAUAUUUCGAACAAAUCGUGAGAUUCUAUCGCCAAAUCGUGGAUCUUAAGGAUAAGCGAGUUUACAGUCGUUUUAAAAAACUACCAUCACUGGAGACAUCGCUUCGGUUACAGAUGCUCACCAAGGCGGCUAUAUGCAAGCGUGAUUUUGUGCUGAUUUUCAUUAUAUUACUUCGUGCGGUGGGCGUUCAGUGCCGUUUGGUCAUGUCAUUGAUUGUUGUUCCGAAGAAAUUACCCCAAAGUGAACUUCACCAAUCUGAUGUAGCAAAGAAGGAACCACCUGUCAAGGAGCAGAAAAACAUCGCGUCAAAACCUGUUGAUUCAACUGGUGAUAAAGAAACCAAAAAGACUAAUGAUCAAAAGAAUGCUUCUAGGGAUAGAGCAAAGACUAAAAGUAAAAGAAAACGAAUGGAACACCCAAAAAUACCACAAAUGGAUGGGAAUGAUGAUAUUCCAAUCAAAAGAAGCAAAUUAACUGCUGCUAAAGACAAACUAGAUGUCUCACAAAAUGCACUAAGCACAAAAGAAUCACCUGCCGACAGCACUUCAAAGAGUUCCACAUCACAACUACAAGAAAUAUCUUUAUUUUCUCCAAGAAAAACGCGAAAGCAACGUCAAAAUGAACUAGUUUCGGAAUCUAAAACAUCGAAAGCUAAUACCUAUUCCGCAACAACAUCCUCGUCGAGUAUUGUGCCCAAAACUGAUUCCAAUGUGAAGUUACAUAGCAAGUUGAAGGAUAAUAAAGGUGAUCGAAAGGCUGACGUUCAAUCUACAAAUAGAGAACCAAAGUUAUCGAAGAACAGUGGCAAACAUGCUAAUAUAUCAGAUGAUGGAGCGGUUCAAGGAUGUAGUAAAAACCAGUCUGGAAGCAAUAAAAUUUCUCCAGAUUCUAAACCAAAAGCAAUACACCCAAAAACAUCAGUCACUGAAAUGCCAACUCGUACCGUGAAGAAAUCUCCAAAAUCGUCCAAACCUUCAGUUUCGUUCGAAUCCGAAUCACCGAGGAUUGUCAAAAUAGAAUACGUCGACAAACAUCUGAAACGGCGACUGGAUCGUCGAGUACUAUCAACUGAUGACGAAUGCACGAACGCCCAAGGCGUAAAACCAAAAUCUAAAUCCGGUGUAAAUUUGUGGAUCGAAGUAUACGCCGAAGAAGAAGAACAGUGGAUCCCUGUUGACGUUACCAGUGGUAAAGUUCACUGCCUGGAUCAUAUAGUAAAACUUGCUUCUGCACCGUUGGUUUACGUCCUGGCUUGGAAUAACGAUGGCACUAUAAAAGAUGUCACAACACGAUACUGCCCGAACUAUGCCACUAGCACCAAGAAGCUUCGCGUGGAACAAGAUUGGUUGAACAAAGCAUUGGGAAAAUUCAAAGGCAAAAGGACUGCACGAGAUAUUGAAGAGGAUCGCUGUUUGAACCAGGCACAGCUGGAACAGCCUCUUCCAACGACUAUCAGCGAGUUUAAAAAUCACCCACUUUACGCGCUGAAACGACAUCUGCUUAAAUUCGAAGCAAUUUAUCCACCGGAAGCCCCCACACUGGGGUUCAUUCGAGACGAGCCGGUUUAUGCGCGGGAGUGUGUUCACACACUGCACUCACGGGAUCUCUGGUUGAAGCAGGCCCGUACGGUAAAGCUGUUCGAAACACCGUACAAAGUUGUGACUGCGCGGCCUAAAUAUGAUCGGGCGUCAGGCCAGAUGCUACCAGCUCAACCGUUGGAACUGUUUGGUUACUGGCAAACACAAGACUAUGAACCACCGACAGCGGAGGACGGUAUAGUGCCGCGCAAUGCCUACGGCAACGUGGAAUUAUUCAAGGCUUGCAUGUUACCUAAGAAAACCGUUCACCUGCAGUUGCCAGCUUUGAACAGAAUAUGCAAAAAGUUGGGAAUCGAUUGCGCUCAAGCUGUUACCGGAUUUGACUUCCACAGUGGUAGCACUCAUCCAGUGUACGACGGGUUUGUGGUCUGCGAGGAGUACAAGGAUCUUGUGAUUGAUGCCUGGUACCAGGAACAGGAACAGGAAGAAAAACGGGAGCGUGAGAAGUUUGAAAAGCGCGUUUAUGGAAACUGGAAGAAGUUGAUUAAAGGGUUGCUGAUCAGAAGGAAACUGCAGAAUAAGUAUAACUUUGAUAAUUUGUCUGGUUGAAACAUUCGUGUCGAUAUGUUGUCAUCGCUGAAUAAAGCUUCCUGGCGUGUUCAAUUGAAUCGAAU